UUUUUCAAAAGCCAGCUCAUGAUAUCAAUAUAUAUAUAUAUAAAUAUAUAUUUUUAAUCCAGAAAAGUUUCAAAUAUUUUGCCUUUACCUUUUCUAAAAAUCUUGUAAGAUUUAAAAGUGAACAGAUUACGGGAUUGUUGUAAUCCUCGAUUCUGCCUCAAGUGGAUCUUUUGUUUUCACACUUUCUCUUUUUUUUUGUCUAUUAGCCUGAUUCCUUAUUUGCUGGUGUUACAGAUAGCCACACCUCCAGGCCAGCGGGGGCAGUGUUACCUUGGAGACUGAAAAAGCAGACACCAAUCACAAGCAAGUCCGAUUCAAAUGCCUUUUGUGUCUCACUCUGUUGAUGCCUUUCCUGCCCUCGACUAACACAACUUGCUCUGUUUUCGAGUGUCGCCAUCACACUGUUGGAGUCUCUCUCUCUCUUUUUUAUUCACUUCUCCACCAUAUUUCGGCAUCCUCAAGAAUUCUCCUAAAAGGAAAAAGAAAUUAGCCAAACUCAAACCAAACUUGAAACUGCUUGGAAACGACAUUCCUGAGCUGUCAGUGUGCCAAGGACUUUCACGGGGCAUCGUGGAGAAGGCUGUCUGUAGAACAGUGCCUGUAACUCGUGACAGAAGUUGGCCAUUAAUGUGGUGAAUACCUCGAUCAUCUGGUGGAAACCUGCUGCUUCAAAUUCUACUACUGGUUCUGCUUGGAUCACAGGGCUCUGAAACGUCCCUGCUGAGGGACUAUUCAAAUAGAGAGCAGAGAUUAACACACACACACACACACACACACACACACACAACUGAAAAGCUUCUUGUACAGCCAUAGACUAAACACUUUAGAUGAACUGAAAAUCUCAGGACACUUGGAUUACUGGGCUAAAAGGAAAGCAAAAAUACAAAUUAUCAAACUGACUAAAGACUGCCGUAGAGCUUCCUACACUGGCAGCGUGGACUCGUAAAAAGUAUCCCAGGAAGAAGUUAACGAGAUCUUCCUAAGGGCCAGACGAUUGAAUCCCCCUUCUCAUCUUGCACGGCCGUCUGUCCAACUGAAGGAGAAGAGUGGCCAUUUCUGAACUCGGCCACCCAUUGUGACCUAUUGGGGUUUAAGGGACGCUAGUACUUUCAAUCAAAGUAGAUCUCAGGUGCGAGUAUGCUUUGGGUCGCUCUCUGCUGCUCCACAAUGCACUGCUUUCAGGCUCCUCUCGUUUUGCUGCUUGGACUCUCCCUGGCUUCAGCUACAACGAACCGUCCUGGGGUCCAGCACGUGCGUGAAGUCAGGCCAGUCCCCGUCUCACCCUUUCUCGCUCAUAUUAAGAGGGUGCCCAUGGCCGAAGAUGGGCCACUACACCCUCUUCCUCAGAGAGCACCUCAGAAGAAUGGGACUUGGAUGGGGGCGCUGGUUCCUCCACCCAAGACUGCCACCAUACCAGUGGGUGAAGUCUGUUGGGGCUACUAUGAUGUUAUGGGUCACUUUGACUUGACCUUCAAUUGCUCGACUAAUACUUAUCUCUAUUGCUGCGGCACCUGUAACUAUCGUUUCUGCUGUGAACAUCGUAACAAGCGGCUCAACCAGAGUCUCUGUAACAACUACAUCACUCCUGUGUGGGCCAAUUCUGCUCCUACACAAAGUGCGCCAUUUGGUCCAGGUCAGGAUCCUGGUUUGAACUCAUUGAAGAAUCAGGGCAGCAGCACGGUGUAUGUGAUUGGGGGAGUAUUGUCAUUCACAUUGGCCGUUGCUGUUGGGAUGAAGGUAGCCUUCCACAAGGCAUCGAGAAGACCAAGACCCAGAGACAUCAACAUGCCAAGAGCCCUGGUCGACAUCUUGCGCCAUCAGUCUACGCCUUCAGAGCAUGGAGAGAGGAACAACAGCACCGUGCUGGGAUCUUCGGGCCAGGAUACUGGAAGUUCACAUCCUCCGAAGAACCUCUACACUCCUGCACUUCCGAGUAAAGACAAUCGAAUUGGAAAUAUGCAUCACAAUUUCAUCCAUCUCUCCGGGCAGAGUCCAAAACACACUGGAACUAUGGAGAGGCUACCAAGGAUGAACAACGCACAGCUGGCUUCAGGCACGCUACUUUCCAACAAGCAUAACAACACGAGUGGAGGGAGCUCCUCGUCACACCCUUUCUCGCACUCUUUAUACAAUUUGGCUCAACUUCCUCCCUCGUAUGAAAGUGCGAUGAAGCCAGAGAUCAACCGCUACAGCUCCCUCAAGCGACUGGAAAAGGACCUCGACGACUCCUCUGGUUACUACACUUCGAAGCGUCGGGGAGGAACCAAUGCGCCCCCCUCUUUCCACUCCUCGCAGCACCACCUCUACAUUGGAGGGGGAGGGGACUACACUUUAGGGGGUCGUGGCACGUUGCCCUUGCAUGCUAUGCGCCCUCGUAUCCAACAGAACCCUUACCCUGCCACUCUGCAACACCCCAACCUAGACACGCUGGUGUCAUCCAAGCCCCCGCGCAGAGUCAUGUCGCAGGACCAGCUCUUGGUUUUUGGUGAGGGAAACACCGUGCCCAACGUAUCGAGUGUGCAGAUGGGAACCCUGGGACGCCUGAAUAAGAAUCAGCAGCUGCAGCAGCAACAGCAACCGCCGCAGCAGCAGAUCCACCAGUCGUCCCAGUUCCAAAAGCACCAGAAUCCUGCCCCUUACCCUUCCCAAACCCUACGGAAGUCCCACGAGCGGCUGCUGUCGCCAGACCGUGGCACGCUGCCACGACUCUCUGCCCACCAGAAAGCCCAGUCUCAGCAAAAUGUCUGCGUCACCCCUUCGCUGGACCGUCACCACAUGAUCAAGAUGAACUCUCAUCCAACCUCGGGGAGGGAGGGACAGCAGCGUGCAGCAGAUGUUGGCGCGCAGGCGCCAGGGAUCUGGGGGGAUGCCUUAGCAGGAGGGACGGGCACCCUGGGCCACAGUGCUCGCAGGAUGGCCUUUGCUAACAAAAGGCAGAACACCAUCGAGCAACUGCACUUCAUCCCAGGGGGCAACCAGGGAGGAACACAGAGCCGUCAGAUGAGAACGGGAAGUAAGAAUGAGGUGACAGUGUAAGAGAGGACAGAGUGGGGGUACGGGAGGGUGACGGAGGGGUUAGUGGGUGAAGCAAAGGGGAUAUUAAUUUAAAGGUACGGGGGGGGGGAGAGAAAGGGAGCGAGUGCUGAAGUACUCAGCCAAUUCAAAGAGAAAUCCUUUCAGCCAUAAUUUAGUGCCAUAUCAGAGGGAAGGAGUUGAAAAAGGGCGUAAAUAACGUAUUUGAUCAUUUUAUGGAGCCAUAACUGAGAGAGUGAAAGGGGGGGUGUGGGGGGGCAGAGCAGAAAACCCCCAAUCUCUAUCUCUCUCUCUCUCUCUCUGCUCUGCUUUGGCGGCGCAGACAUGGAGGGGCGUCCGGCUGGACUGUCUUCUCUCAAACCCGCCGUCAGUCUGUUUUCUUUGCUAUGUUCAGUCAUUCAAAGUUUUUCAACGAGCUUUAUUAGAUUUUGCAAAUUGUUAUUGAUUUGUUUUUAUCUUUUUCUUUCUUUUUUUUUGGAAAGGGAGACCGAGAUCUUUUUCUUUUCUUUUUCUUUUUUUUCUAUUCAGUGUUCAGUGAAGAGAUUUACAUUGAGAAUGUCGAAAAGGGAAAAUGGCGAUGGCAGUGCAGACCGCUCUCGUAGCGCACUUUGCAUGCAGUUUUUCCGCAAACUGGUGAUGAGGUCAUUCUGUGAUUGUGUGUGAUCCAAUCAGAGAGCUUCAUAUUGAAAUGAGUUCUCUUUCUUUAAAUGUGCUGGGAGCCGGGGAAUGAUCACCUUAGCAGGAUCUUUUGAAAAAAGAGAAAUAUCUGGCAG